CAGGACGUUGAGCCAACGUGAUCCGAUAUCGCCUUCAUCUCAGGAGGGUUGAGCUUGUGGACACAGAGGGCCUUCUAUCCCACAGAGCCCUGGAAGAGAGUCUUGUUCAGCUCCGUCUUCAUCCCCAGCUCCAACUAUGUACUCUGCAGGCUUGGAGAUCCUCGGGAUGAUCCUGGCCGUGGCCGGCUGGCUGGGGGUGAUGGUGUCCUGCGGCCUGCCCAUGUGGCGGGUGGCUGCCUACAUCGGUCAGAACAUUGUCAUCUCCCAGGUGAUCUGGGAAGGCUUGUGGAUGAACUGUUCCGUGCAGAGCACCGGUCAGAUGCACUGCAGGGUGCACGACUCCAUGCUGGGGCUGCCAGUGGACUUGCAAGCAGCUCGUGCCUUGGUCAUUGUCUCUAUGGUGCUGUGCAUCGUGGGAAUUGGUCUGUCAGUGGCUGGUGCCAAGUGCACAAACUGUAGCCGGGAUGUGAGCAGUAAACCGCGUCUUGUGGUGUCUGCUGGAGUAACCUUCGUGGUAGCUGGACUGCUGCUGCUGGUGGCUGUGUCCUGGACAGCACACGCCAUCGUAAUGGGCUUCUACGACCCGCUGCUGGAGGAGACAGGGAAGAGGGAGUUUGGUAAUGCUCUGUACUUUGGCUGGGCUUCCUCCUGCCUCCUCAUCCUAGGGGGAGCCCUGCUCUGUUGCUCCUGCCCACCCACAGCAGCUACAGCACCGAGUGGUGGUAGCUCCAUGGCUCCCCGGGUGGACUACUCGGCUGUCAAGGUUAUGUCAGUCAAUGGUUACCCCAGAAGAGACUAUGUAUGAACAUGUGACAUGUGGGCGCAGAUGAAGAUAUGAUGCCUAAUGUUAGAACAUUUGUGCAGAGCAGAUGGAUAUUUUUUGGCCUGGGUGUUAAUGCAGCAUCAUGGACUUGGACAUUAACUAAAAAUCACUGAUGCAUGUUUUAUGAUGUGUAUUCGUUAGGACCAUAUUUCUGUAGUGGUGGUCAUUUUAUGUUACUUUUAAUAUAUUAUUUCAAAUAACACAUUUUAUUAGAAACAUUAAGAUAAUGUCUGAUCUUAAAUAAAUAUAUACAAUGUCUUUGCAGAUUAUUUCUGAUGAAAGGUUAUGAAAUAAAAGAACAAAAGUUUUACAAGAAUUUACUCAUUUUCAAACCUUCUUGAUGAUGGAGAUAAAGUUUCUAACUCUGUAGUUUCAUGCCACAGAGUCAGAAAUUGAUGCUUAAAUUAAGUGUAACAUAACAACUAUGCCUGCAUAAGUUCUUUGGUAUGCAGAGACAGGGGCAGAUGCCAGCUGCAGAGCUCAGCAGAGUCUGACCAGUAAGAGCCGUAAUGGUGCACGCCAAAAUUAGGUAUUUAAUUUCAAUGUAAAUGGAGGAAAGAAACAAUGGGUGGCUUGUUACAGAGGAGCACCUUAUGCUUCCCUUCCAUUGUAGCCUGUCCUCCAUUUGCAAGAGUGAAACUGAGUCAGAGAUAAAAGUCUCUCUCUGCAAAGGGACGUAACCUGCACUGUAACUGAGUCCAAACUGAGCCACAAAGACCCCAUUGAUCACCUGGUUCCCAACUGUUUAUUCCCCAGGUGGGAUUCACUGUGAUAAAAGUGCAUCUAAAUGCUCACAGAGUCACUUGAAAUCCUCAAAAAUCUAAAACAAGAGCAGGUACUGUUGGAAAAAUUAUGUUG